AUGCGAUUAGCCAAGGCCAUUGACCAUCAGCACUCAGGCGAUAUAGAACCAGGACAGCAGUCACCAUACGGCAUGUCAAACCUGGUUACUGAUCUUCAAAAGUGCCACAUGGAGAAUGUGCAGUUGAUGGAUAUGGUCCAUUACCAGCAAGGGCUCCUCGAAAACCAAUCUCAUCAGAUUUCGGUUCUUUCCCAGGCUGUGGCUGCAGGCGGCCGUGAGGUUGACCAGAAAAUAGUUGAGCCCACUAGGGCGAAUAUGCAUACACCACUACCGGGUGGUGCCUAUAAGCCAAGAACUUUCAGUGUGUCCAGCUCCUAA